GUUACUAGAAGAGGAAUUUUUAUAGUGUUUUGAAUGGAGGCAGUAAUUAAGAAAUGGCAGCAGAAGCUGAGAAAAGCGAAAGAGGAGAUGGAAAAGUGGGAGGCACUUCAAGUUCGAUGGGUUUCUCGUUUCAGUAACGCCUCUUCUAUCAUCCAGAGAUUACAGGUAAUUCAAAAUCAUGGGAGCUUUGGAGCUUUGAGAUGCGUAAAGGGGAUUGAAGACGCGGUUUUGCAGAAAGAGAUGGAUCAACUAAAGACUCUUCUGCUUUCCAUGAGAAACAUUUUGGAGGAAUUCAGAGGAUGUGUUUUGACGUUUGAGAAGCUACAUCGAGACGGUUCACAAACACUAAAAAUGGAACUGAGCAAGAAGCGAGCAGAGGAACGAAUAGGAGUAAAACCUUGCAUCGCAGAUUGCUUGGAGGGACUUUCUCUUCUUUAUGACAUGCAUCAGUCAGAAUACCAUCUUAAAACUUCGAUUUUUUCGGCACUUUCAUGUCUUAUCCUGAAACCAAGUCCUGGCGAUUUAAACGCGUUACAAUACCUAGUGGUUGAUCAGCCAAAUAUACCGAAUAAUGAAGUGCAACACAUCUUCGAUGUCAUAUUCGCUGAAGAGAUCAAAUGAUGCAAAGAGGAAAUGUUUUUUAUUUAUAGUUUGUUACAAAAGAUGUGUUUAAUGUUAAUGCAUGUCCGUUUAGAGAAUGAAAAACGAAUAAAAAGCUAGACACGUAAUAAUAAAUGCAUAAAUACAC